GGAGAGCUUCGACGCCUCCUCUUCCCCCUUCCUCCUCCUCCAUGCUGGAAAGUGCUUGACAGCUUUCUUUGCAAGCAGAGCCCCAGCUACAUCAGAGACAGAGCCUUUGCAGCAGUUGAGAGUUCCUUGGUCAUCUUAGAGUACAAACAUCUAAUACCAUGGAGAUUUUCCUUCCCAUCUGCCUUCUUGCUACUGUCAUGGCUACAGGAGGUACUCUGAAAUGUCCAGUUUGUGAGACAACUGGUAGGAAUUGUGAUGGACCCAUGAAGACCUGUCUCCCUGAGUAUGAGCAAUGUGGCAUUAUUUCAUGGGAGAAAUCAUUUGGAAUGCAAAAUAAAACUACGGCAAAGAAAUGCAUCAAACCGGGGGCAUGCCAGAAGGGCCUUGUUGUUUUCAAUGCAGGCAAGAAUGGAACCAUAUUAAGCCACGUUUCCUGCUGCACGGGAGAUGAAUGCAAGAAGCCUGCUCCACCAUUGCCACCAAGAAAUUUCACAUCCCUUAGGGAGAAGAGGACUUGCCCAGCUUGCUAUUCAGAGAAGGAAGUCUGCAAAGAAGAGACCAUUGAAUGUCGAGGAGAGGAUGAGACCCAUUGUGUUGAGCUGUUUUAUCAGACUUCAGAUGCAGAAGGAAGAAAUGUGACAACCACCAUGAAGGGAUGUGCAAACAAGGCUUUAUGUGAUAAUCAGGAUGAUUUUGCUACAGGCAGUUUACUUCCUGCAAGCCUUUGUAAGGUUGCCAAUGGAGCAGGCAGCACCAUUGAGGGAUGGUCUGGGUUUCUCCUGUUAUCCCAGGUUCAGCUCUUGUUGGGGCAAAUCCUUCCUUGAUGUCUCCUCAGCACUGAGGCUCAGCUUGAGCAUUCACACCUUCUCCUUUUGCUUGCCUCUUUUAAGUCUUAUACAUGCCAGAGGCCUUUUGGAGAAUGCACAGCAAGGACUGCUCAUGGUUCAAAGGCUCAAUUUAAAAUUUCUGUCUUAAUCUCUAUGUGUAAGGUCAUCCAGCAGCUGUAAACAAUGCCUUCUAGCAGGGACAGGAAAAGAUAAGUGACUCUAGGUGGUGAUGAGUGAAGAGAGUUCGCUGGAAGAGCAAAAUCACAAUACUGCAACACUACGCUUGUGGACUACUCUACAGUUCCUGGAAUGCUCAGCAGUGACUGGUAUAUACCAGUCACAUCAUGAACUGGAUGGGCACAUUAGGUGAUAUAUUCACUCUGAACAUAUGACAUUGUUUUUUCCUGAGUCAGGCUGCUGGUUGAUAAUCUGACAUUGUCUUCUAGGGGUGUGGACCCAAUAUGAAUAAAUCCUGAAUUAGUAACUGA